CGUCUAAAUUGCCUUGAUGAAUUAAAUCUUCAGUAAUUACAUAUAUGCACUUCUGUCUUUAUACAUUUGAUCAGAUUUGCUGCAUCUUCAUGGCUUCAUCUGCACAUUUCCAAAUUAAUUGACAGCUUCAGCUGAAUGAUUCGGUACAAGUGGAGAUGGAUGAAGAGUCUAAUGACCGUGCAAGUAUGCUAGGAAAUUCGAUUUUAAAGAAGGGAGAGCGGAAGACAAAAGAGCAGGAUUUAGAUCAUUUGUCAAAUAUCGAGAUGCCUAUUUUAUACAUAGUUAUGAAGAUUAUAUAUGCAGUGUUUCUUAUCCCAGCGGUGUUACUCGUAGCAAUAAUAUCCCCGGAUGAGUCUCAAUUUUUCAUCUUCUCAAGUUUUAUCACUAUGUUACUGGAUCCUUUGUUACUGUAUAUUCCUCUCAUUAAAGAGGAGACUAAGUGCCUCAUGUUGGACAAGAAGUUGAUGAUAGCAGCUCUUAUUCUGCGAAUCGUCACAGAUCUUCGCUAUGUAAUGAAAAUAGGUUCUAAGAUUAAAAAGCGGCGGGGAACUCCUAAGGAAAUAGAUGGGAGCAUCGCAACUGACGUUAUCGCUAUUCUUCCUAUUCCACAAGUUGUUUUAGUUUUCCUUCCAAGAAUGAGGGGCUCUGGAUCUUUGAUUAUAGUGAAGUUUCUCAACUCGCUUAUUCUAUUCCAAUAUCUUGUACGAGUUUAUCCUAUCUACAGAUAUUGUAAGAAUCUUAACAAGAAGAUAAAUUUGUCGAGGACUCUUGAGCGGGCUUGGAUUCCAAGUUUGGUCAAUAUUCUCAUUUACAUCCUUGCCAGUUAUGUACUAGGGACAUUUUGGUAUUUUUUCUCUAUCCAGCGAGAGAUAGAAUGUUGGGAAUAUGCUUGCCAGAGUGAAAAAGGAUGUGAGUUUAGUACUCACUGCGAUGCCAGUACAUUCAGAAAUGUUACAUUUCUAAAAGUUGCAUGUUGUGUAAAUCCACAAAAUGCAGCAAUAUUCGAUUUUGGUAUAUUUAUUUAUGCUCUUCAAUCUGGCGUGCAAGAAUCAACAAACUUACCAGAAAAAUUAUUGCUAUGUUUCUCAUGGGGCCUACGAAAUUUGAGUUCUUUUGCUUCCAACCUCAACUCCAGUACCUAUGGAUGGGAAACCUUAUUUGUGAUUGCUAUUUCUAUAAGUGGUUUGGUACUAUUUAUAUAUUUCCUUGGACAUGUGCAGACAUUUAUGCAGCUAGCUGGCAAAUCAGAAAGGUCCCAUCAAAAGUGGAAAAGGACUUUGGAACCAAAAAUAAAAUCCAUGUUAUCUGAAUAUGGCCUUCCUGAUGAAGUGAAAAAAAGCAUCGUCCAUGUGGUAAAAGAGAAAGAUUUGGAUGACCCAGAUCUUCUUCUGGAGAAUAUGUUUUCAAUUUUUACCUUCAAGCAUGAAGUAGGUGACCAGACGCUAGCUGAACUAAUUUCCAUCAGACAGAGUCUCUUCUUGGAGAAGUUAAAGGCACUCCAUCGCACAGGGACUUACAUGAACGAAAGGGACGAAAGGGUGUUGAAGGAGAUCUGUAAGCACCUUGAUCCAGUGAUCUAUCCUAGGGGAAGCUAUAUUAUCCAAGAGGGGGAGCCUCUUGAUAUGAUGUUCUUCAUCACCCAGGGUAUUGCACUCAAGUACACCACUGCCCGCUCAAAAACCACUACGCGUCUUGAGAAAGGAGACUGCUACGGUGAAGAUCUUCUGAGCUGGGCAGGAACUGCAACAACCUCCUUUUCCGACUUGCCUAACUCACGCAGUACUGUCAAGGCCCACAAAAAUGUCGAACUCUUUGUUCUCCAGGCUGCCGAUUUACAGAGAGUUUUGUCUCAGCCGUCGAACCAAUAUUCCAGCAAUAAGGGCACCCAUUCAACAGAUAGUACGGUUCAACAGAGUUGUCUGUCACAAUUGCGCGAUAUUUUAAUUAAACCAGAAUGGCUCACUCUUGGCUAAGACAAUAAAAGUUUGCUGUACGUCUACGAACGCCGUCUAUUGAGUAUAUCAGUAUAAUAUCCUUCAUUAUCUAUUUUGGUAUUAGAUAACGAUUUAGUUGUAAACCGUUGUACAGUUUACCGUUGUCGAACAAGUAACUUAUAACGGCUUUUUGAGGCAAAGUAACUAAUUAUA